AAUCUGGAUAAUGCCGCAGAAGCAGCUGAACAAUUUAAAUUGAUCCAAGCAGCAUAUGAUGUGUUGAGUGACCCUCAAGAAAGAGCAUGGUAUGAUAACCACAGAGAGGCUCUGCUUAAAGGUGGGCUGGAUGGAGAGUAUCAGGAUGACAGCUUAGACUUGCUUCACUAUUUCACUGUUACUUGUUACUCUGGUUAUGGAGAUGAUGAAAAGGGCUUUUAUACAGUUUAUCGUAAUGUUUUUGAAAUGAUUGUGAAGGAGGAACUAGAGUCUAUGUUGGAGGAGGACGCCGAGAGUUUCCCAGCGUUUGGAGACUCCCAGAGUGACUACGAUACGGUAGUUCAUCCUUUCUAUGCCUACUGGCAGAGUUUCUGCACUCAGAAGAACUUUGCUUGGAAAGAAGAAUAUGAUACUCGACAGGCUUCAAACCGCUGGGAAAAACGAGCCAUGGAAAAGGAAAACAAAAAGAUUCGAGACAAAGCAAGAAAAGAGAAGAAUGAACUUGUCCGCCAGCUGGUAGCUUUCAUUCGUAAAAGAGACAAGAGAGUGCAGGCUCACCGAAAACUUGUGGAAGAACAGAACGCUGAGAAGGCGCGGAAAGCCGAAGAGAUGAGGCGGCAGCAGAAGCUGAAGCAGGCAAAGCUGGCAGAGCAGUACAAAGAACAGAGCUGGAUGACAGUGGCCGAUUUGGAGAAGGAGCUCAGGGAGAUGGAGGCACGGUAUGAAAAGGAAUUUGGAGAUGGAUCAGAUGAAGAAGACAUGGAGGAAGAACAAGAGCCCAAGGAUGGACAGGAUGGUAAAGACAGUGAUGAGGCCGAGGAUGCUGAACUUUAUGACGACCUUUAUUGCCCAGCAUGUGACAAAUCUUUCAAGACUGAAAAGGCCAUGAGAAAUCAUGAGAAAUCAAAGAAGCAUCGGGAAAUGGUUGCCUUAUUAAAACAACAGUUGGAGGAGGAGGAAGAACACUUUUCAGGACACCAAGCUGAUGAAAAUUCAUUGAAUGUCGAGUCUGAAGAUGAAAUCGAGGAUGCACCAAAACAAAAGCUUUCUAAGAAACAGAAGAAAAGGAAACAGAAACCAGCACAGAAUUAUGAUGAUAAUUGCAAUGAAAAUGGAACUGGAGAAGGAGUAAAGGUGGAUACAGAAGACACCAACUUCAACCAAGAUAAUGCCAAAGAAUUGGAAGUUACUUCCCAAGAAAAUGCCAGUGUCACAAACACUCUUGAACUUUGUGAUGAUCCAAAACGUGAAGCUAAAAGCGUUCCUAAACCCAAAGGAAAGAAAGCCAAAGAGAUGAAAAAGUCUGUCCGAGUUCCUGCGGAGCCACAAACAACGGGUGAUAUUCUUAUCAGCUGUACAACCUGCCAUAGUGAAUUUCCAUCCCGGAAUAAACUUUUUGAUCAUCUAAAGGCCACAGGUCACGCAAGAGCACCGUCGUCAUCAUCCUUAAACAGUGUGGCAAGUAGUCGGAGCAAGAAAGAGAAACGUAAAAACAGAUAGAAAUUUUGCCAACGCUUUUGCUUUUUCAUUGUCCCUAGAUUUUGAAACCAAAAACUGAACUGAAACCACCUAAAGAGUUAAAAUUUCAGUGAUCUGCAAUUGAUUGCAUUGUGGAAGAUUAUUUUUUAUCUUGUAAAAAACAUUUUUUUGUUUAAUAUAUAUUUUUAAACAUUUCAUUAGUGAUUGAAUUCUACUUUUGCCAUCUGAGUUGACUUGAAUGUCUCAAAACAGGUAAAUAUUGUAAAGUGUACAUUUUGAUUUCUGUUGGCUCAUGUGGACAGAAAUGUACAGGGAAAAUUAAAUUAUUUUAACACUUACA